AUGGAAUAUCUCUCGGUACCAGAAAGUCCACAACAGCCUCGACGACGGGACAUAGACGUACCCAAGAUGUGGAACGAAAUACGAAAGAAGAGCAUCAGCGAGUUGAGUCUAGUAUUCGAUUUUUUCCGCGGGCGAAGUCCGUCUACCAGUCAGGUAACGCACCCUGACAGGGAACGAGCCUGUCAGUCGACUGGUAACCUCCAGACGGCUGCCAAGGGACCUCGUCGCCGGCGGAUGCAACGGACUUGGAAAGCUCUCUCUGCUGCUAACCUUGCUCGGCAGUACGUUCUUGUUCAAGAGGAAAAGGCGAUGCAAGCGGUGCCCACAGCGCCUAUCGAUGCCAACAAAUUCGUCGCCUAUGUGACCGAACGACGGAAAAAGCGAAUACUGUUCAAAGGAGAAUAUCUUAUGAUAAAUCGCUCGAUAGACACUGCAAAAUGCCGAUGCGAUGUGGGAAGUACACUUCCCGAAAGGAAUCCCUAUCCUGACACCCUACCAUACGAUUGUAAUCGGGUCAUCCUUCCGCGUUUGCCAUGUGAUGAGAAUUCGCAUUAUAUCAACGCCAGUUAUGUUAAUAGUUGGUUGAGAGAAAAAGCCUAUGUGGUCACCCAAGCGGUUCGUACGAAACCGAUGAAUGUCGAAUUCUGGCGAAUGGUCUGGGAACUUGGCUCGAAUUGCAUAGUUAUGCUUACCAAAGUGUUUGAUUUCAUGCGGGUAAUGUGCCUUCAGUACUGGCCACUAACACGGUUCACAUUCGGGGAUAUUGAAGUGGAAACAAUCGAAACCCACACCUACGCACAUUUUGUGAUUCGAACAUUUCGAUUGACGAGGAAAAUCGGUGAGAGUUCCGAGUCGCGAAUUGUGAAGCAUUUCCACUUUACCGAAUGGGAGCUCGACUCAUUUCCCUAUAUCUCGGCGUUCAUCGAACUCCGCCGACGAGUGCGUCAGUACACCGAUAAAAACCCUGUCGAUGCACCAAUCAUCGUCCACUGCAGACCAUUAUUUUGUGAGCAAACUUAA